UUUGUUACCUCCCAACUAAUUGCAACUAUUUAUUUCAGGCUUAAUUUAAGACAAACAUGGCAUCUUACAGUGGUAAGCGACCUACCGAAACAAAACCGAAUGAUCCUUUCUAUGCUAUGUUUCCCCAAAAUUGCAUAAAGAAAACAAUAGCAGUCUGGCUCUUAAGGAAUCUGUCAAUUGCAGAACCCAUAGAGAGUGAAAAUCCUAUGACUAUUUUGAAGUAUUUCCUGUCUAUAAAUGAGGAAAAUUUCUGGUCGGCGAUAAACCGCUGUCCCGAUUGUACGGCCUAUAUUAUUUUUGAGGCGCAUAUGCGGCGCUGGCGGAGGAAAGAUGUUCAAUCAGCCAACGCGGCCGUCCAAGAAAAUGAUUUAGAUAUAGACAUGUUAUUUGAGUGUAAUUCGGAGAACCAGUCAGGACUUUUUAGUAGCAGAGAACUGCUACGUUGUAAGCGGAUGAUUAAUUUGUUCGACGGUAACAAGGUCGUGAAGAAUUAAAUAAGUCAGUUAUAUUACAACAUAUGUAUUAAAUUAAUUACGAUAAAGGAA